AUGAAAAUCAAACAUCAAGACUGGCUAUUUUCGACUACGUGUUGCACCUGGAAGCAUCCUGUCUAUCUCCGAAAAUGCAAGACACCGACUACUCAGUCAAGUUCUCACUACGCCAAGACUUUGAUGCUGCUAGACCAAUCUGACCUAGCACUAAAGUGUAAAUUCCCCGUAAAUUCCUCAGCCUCAGCCUCAGCCUCAGCCUCCGCCUCCGCGCCUCGUCUUGCGGCUUCAACAAGUCUCCCAGUGAGGCUGCUGCCCCUCGCGGCUGUGUCAGUAGGAUUCAAACCUUCCACUUGUACAUCAAGCAUCUACCCGUCCGACGACAAGCCGCCUACCAUCUCUGAUAGUGAUUACCUCGACAAGGAAUCCACCAUUCUUGACAUAACAAGAUCUUUCAGAAUGGCGCCGACCUCCCUACACGCCCUCCUUCCCCGCCAUUAUCCCUCCUUGGGCGAAAUGUUUCACCAGUUUCCCGCCAAAGUAUGGCUGAUUCUUAAGGAAAUCAUCUUCGGUCUCGCCAUCAUCCUUGCUCUGGUUGGCUUCAUUCUCGUUAUCAUUAGCAUAUUUGUGGGCAUCCGCAUAUACGGACCGCAUGUCGUUAAUAGGCUGAGGGGUGGGGAAUGGAGGGACGUCGUGGAGGGGUUGAGGGAGAAGGUUGGGCGCUUGAGGAAGAUUGAGAGGGUUGAUAGGAUGUGGAAGUGGUUGGAGCGCAGGAUGGCGAGGACCGACACCGAUAAAGCUGUUAGUGCAGCAACGCUGGAACUUUUGGAUAGUAGGGAGGGAGAGGGUAGCGUGGGUGGGGAGACAUUGUUCGAGGGCGAGGAAGAUGAAGAUGAGAAAUGGACACGCGGGCAAGAAGGAUGA